GUGAGUUUGAAACUGCUCGCACUCAGCUCCAGAGCUGGCGCUUGGAAGUUAGGGGAGAGCGUCGCAGACGAGGUGGCCGCCGCAGCUUUCGCCGCGGGAUAUAAGCCGGGAUCUACCAUACCCACUGAUUAAGUAUGGAAGACUAUACCAAAAUAGAGAAAAUUGGAGAAGGUACCUAUGGAGUUGUGUAUAAGGGUAGACACAAAACUACAGGUCAAGUGGUAGCCAUGAAGAAAAUCAGACUAGAAAGUGAAGAGGAAGGGGUUCCUAGUACUGCAAUUCGGGAAAUAUCUCUAUUAAAAGAGCUUCGUCAUCCAAAUAUAGUCAGUCUUCAAGAUGUGCUUAUGCAGGAUUCCAGGUUAUAUCUCAUCUUUGAAUUCCUUUCCAUGGAUCUCAAGAAAUACUUGGAUUCUAUCCCUCCUGGUCAGUUCAUGGAUUCUUCACUUGUUAAGAGUUAUUUGUACCAAAUCCUACAAGGGAUUGUGUUUUGUCACUCUAGAAGAGUUCUCCACAGAGACUUAAAACCUCAAAAUCUGUUGAUUGAUGAUAAAGGAACAAUUAAACUGGCAGAUUUUGGCCUUGCCAGAGCUUUUGGAAUACCUAUUAGAGUAUAUACGCAUGAGGUAGUGACACUCUGGUAUAGAUCUCCAGAAGUAUUGCUGGGGUCAGCUCGCUACUCAACUCCAGUGGACAUUUGGAGUAUAGGUACCAUAUUUGCUGAAUUAGCAACUAAGAAACCACUUUUUCAUGGGGAUUCAGAAAUUGAUCAACUCUUCAGAAUUUUCAGAGCUUUGGGCACUCCCAAUAAUGAAGUGUGGCCAGAAGUAGAAUCUUUACAGGACUAUAAGAAUACAUUUCCCAAGUGGAAACCAGGAAGCUUAGCAUCCCAUGUCAAAAACUUGGAUGAAAAUGGCUUGGAUCUGCUCUCGAAAAUGUUAAUCUAUGAUCCUGCCAAACGAAUUUCUGGCAAAAUGGCACUGAAUCAUCCGUACUUCCAUGAUUUGGACAGUCAAAUUAAGAAGAUGUAGCUUUCUGACAGUUUCCCUGUGUUGUGUCAAGAACAGAUAAUUGUAUUUUUACUGUUCAUCUGUUUCUGUCUUGUGUAUUUUUCUUUUCUUUGUUGUAAAACUUAAUCUGUACUUCAUCUUCUGAUUUCAAAAGUAACUUAAAAAUGUAAAUACUCUUCUAUAUGAAUUUAAAUAUAAUAAUUCUGUAUAUGUUUGUAGAUCCCACUGUAACAGCUGUUUGUUACUAUAAUAAAACUAUAUAAAUCUAGUAUUGAUGUCAGGAAUCAGGAAAUUUUUGAGUUAACUCAAACCAUCUAAAAUGCUACCCCAGUCUUCUUUUCUUUUUGGAAAUACUAAAAUUUAGGAAAGUGUGCUAAGUUCAAAGUUCAUGUUGCUUUGAAGUAUUUUUAUACUCUAUUUAAAUUUUCUUGUCAAUUUCUUGCCAUGUGGUAACUAUACAACCUGCCUAAAGAUGAGUAUUUUUCUACUGGUAUUUCAAUUUGUGACCUAAAUGUUUUAGGCGUUCAGAAUGAGAGAACUAUACAGAUUUGAGAGGCGAUGCUUAAUUUAUAGAGGUUUUUAGCAACUUGUUAAACUAACAUUAGUGUAUGCCAAAGCUUGCUGAGUUUUACAGUCAGAGAUCAAGGGCUGUCCACAGCAGGAAAGAACAAUUUAGAAAAUUUAUGAGCUAUCCUAUUUUUAGGUAGGUUAUGAAAGUUAUUUGUCUGAGUGAAUUCUUGUGCUUUCGUCAGAGGUAAUAACCAUACAAAGGAGUUGCUUAUCUUCGCUUUCAAGUCUGACUAAAACUCUUUGCAAAUUUUGACAUAGUUUAGUUUAUUAGCAGCCUUCUUAGAAGGUUCUAAUGUAUAACUAUUUAGCCAAGAUCACUAGCUUUUGGAAUUGUUUAAUAAUGCUGCUCAUUGUGAUUUUUACCUGUAAGAUGCCUAAUGUUAGAUUGUUUGUUAUAGCCAAGAGAAAUGUCUCUAAAAAUAAUUUUUGUCAUUUUUAGUGUACAUCUAUCCAUUGGCUGCCCAUAUGCGCUGCUUUUCAUGGUGGUUACCCAUGACUGGAAUGAGCCUUCUUGUGUGGCUGAUCCAGUUGAUUGAGUAUGUAAUGGGUGAUCUACCUAAUCUUGUUGUCUUCUAAUUUUUUCACUUGAGGAGAAAGUAUGGGUCACUUUCUUUGGCAACAGGGCAUAAGGUGAGAGGUUUGGUAGCCUUCUUCUAGGUCUUGGUGGAAGCCAGCCUGCAGUAAGGGAAUGCAACUGGAGAUGGAAGUUGUUUGAGGUCACACUGUUGAGAGAUUUUAUGGUGGGAAUUUGGUAAGUGAAAGGUCACACAAAAGAGUUAAUUGAGAUGGUGAAAUGGAAUAUCUGCAGACUGUCUAUGAAGUAUUGAAAUGGGUCUACUUUUCAAUUGUGCAUUACAGAACUUUAGAGGUGUAGACUCAGCAUUGAUAACUGAUGCUCCUACCCCUCUGCCCCCACAAAACUAUCAGUGUGUCUUAUAUAAUUAUUUCUUGGUCCUUCUGUUUCAAUAAUAUGUAGAUGCAUUGGUGUCACCAAUGUUUGGGGCCUUGUGGAUUUGGUAGCAGCAGCCUGCAUGCUCAUUGCUAUUGUUCUGUGCAGUCUAAUUGAAAAGUCAGUAAUUCAUCAGUUUAGAACCUACUUGGUGGACCAGGGAAAUGAGAUGGAAGAAGCCUGCCAUCAGUUGCUAUAAUGAGACAUAGUUUUUGUUCUGCUCCAGCUCUCUGUGUAGUCCUAAGUAAAGUAUUUAUGUCAGCUUCAGUGACUAGUUGAAAAGCCACUGAAUUGGGUCCUCAUCUCAUGCAUAUUUUUAAAUUGGCUUGUGCUGUGGUGCUUCUGAUUGAUUUUUAAAGUGGAUCUUGUCUCUGGGUCAGUAGCUCUUAAAUAUGUUCUGUGCUAGAAACACCUGAGACUAACUCUCAGUCCUACCCUGAACAGUUAAAAAUGCCCCAAGAUGAUUGUGAUGCAACCAGUUAUCACCAGUUGGUGGUGACUUUAACAACAUUGGACCAACAUCUAGUUUUAUUUGUCUGAAAACUUUGUUAUCUUGCAUUAUCUCUAACUUGUUCUAUUUCUGUUUUAGGCUGUACAAAGUUCUUUGGUGAGGGGAGAGGUUUGUGUGUUUUAUCACCAAUAGGAGACUUCCAUAUACUGUGACUAAUGCUGUAUCUUAUUGUCUGUAGGCUUUAGAGAAGGAUCUGUUGUUCUUAAACAUAAAAUAUAAAGGCAGUAAUGAUGCAAAGAAUAUAUAAUGUAUAAUAAAAUCAUUAAUUUAUAUGUGGA